AUGUGGCUGUGCGCAGGUCUGCUCCUUCUCUGCUUCCAAGGUUGUUUAUCUCUGUCGGGCCCUGGCUCUGUGUCUGGCUACGUAGGAGGCUCUCUCCGUGUGCAGUGUCAAUAUAGUCCAUCAUAUAAGGGCUAUAGGAAAUACUGGUGCCGAGGACCGCAUGACACAACAUGUAAAACUAUUGUAGAAACAGACGGAAGUGAGAAAGAAAAGAGGAGUGGCCAAGUGUCCAUCAGGGACCAUGCUGCGAACUCCACCAUCACAGUGAUCAUGGAGAACCUCAGCGAAGACGAUGCUGGGUCUUACUGGUGCAAGAUUCAGACUUCCUUUAUCUGGGAUUCGUGGUCACGUGAUCCAUCAGUCAGUGUAAGGGUGCAUGUUUUUCCAGCCACAACUCCCAUGGAGACUACACUCCCAGCCACAACUGCUAUCCUCCCACUAGUGAAUUCUGUGCAGAACCUGAGGAUUAGUACUAAUGUGAUGUUCCUCUUCCAACUGUGGUCCCUGCUCAGCAGCAUUCAGUUCCAGGUCCUGGUCUUCCUGAAGCUGCCCCUGUUUCUGAGCAUGCUCUGUGCUAUCUUCUGGGUGAACAGACUUUAG